AUGGCGGAGCGCAUCGGCUCGUCGUCGAAUUUUUGGUUGAGCCGACCUGCCCGACCCCCGCCAGAAAAAUGGCGCGCCUUAUUGCGGGAAGGGUCGGAUCCCGCGGUUGGCUCGACCGGCAAUGCGGGCCCGGCGUGGCGGUUGCUGGUUGGCUUGACCUCCACCCGGGCCUGA